AUGAACAUGACCCUCCUCUUCCCGUUAUCCCAAGAAGCCAAAGCAAUGCUUCGCAAUGACUCUCACGACGCCGUUUGGGAUGAUUAUCCCUUGAUCGUUACAACACUAUGUUCGAUAGCAAUCGUGAUAAGGGAACACUUGACUGAUCCAGAAGUGAAUCAAAUACUCCAGGGAGAUAUCGCCCUCCGAGAUGCCCUAUAUCGGUCCUUGAACACACUUCACGAUGUUGCACAGGUUCUCAGCAGCCCAAUAUUUUCUGGGACUUCGCCCGACAGGGUCAUCGAGACGAUUGAAUCAAGUGACGUACAGCGGGAUAUAAGUGCUGUCCGCGACUUUCAUAUUCACAAAACUUUCCUCGACAUGGAAGGUUGUGACAACCAAGUGGUCGCAGAUAGGGUUACAAUCAUUUCGAAUCUCAUGACUUUCAGGUGGAGGCUUGCUACGAAGUCAUUUUACAGCUACAGUUUUGCUCUGGUCGCUCUGAUGUCUGCAAACGGUUUAUUACCGUCAAUCCUUGUACGACACGCAGCCCCACGCGAAUAUUGUCACCUUUUUUACCAUCGUGUAAACGCAUCAGGACUGAUAAUGCUCGCAUAUGCUAUGAAAGAGUCGAUAGCAAGCGGUCAAACAGCGUUACAGAUGCAGUUGAACAACGUUUCAAGAGAGCUGAGCACGUUUUUCGAUCGGGAUGUCAUUCGAUUUCCUAACAUUCGGGACGCAGUUGAGGAUGCCGCGGCAGAGUUCCAAGACUCGUCUCAGCAAGAUCCACUUUUACUUCUAUCGAAGAUCUAUAUACCAACUUUGACGCGUCAAGACGUUCUCUCAAUGGAAGCAACCAUUGGCGACAUUAUGCGGGGAAUUGUCGCUGAGGACCACAUCGACAAUGUCGGUUUGCAGUAUUCUAACGGUGAAUCAAUCGCUGAUUACGGUAGAAGCACAGGUCAAAUCGAAGAGGGCGUCACAUUUAUUGCAUUUGCUGGGGCACAUCGCUGGAAGGCCCAAUUCAUCGAAGAGCUUUUCGCCUGA